AUGUUGUAUUCGUUAAAUUUCGUAGGCGUGAUACGACUUAUAAAAAGGCAUAAAAUAAAUGAUGCUCUUCGUUUAUUACGGAAACGUAAAAAUGAGAAUAUUACGCCAUUAGUUAAUUUAACCGAUAUUGCUUUACUCGAAAGAAAAAAAAAAUGA